AUGCCGGGCGCGGCAUUAGUGGCAACGGCGGACACGUCGCGCAUCGAAGCGCCAGUCACACUGAAGGCAUACCUCAUGUGUGCCUUUGCAGCAUUUGGCGGCAUCCUUUUCGGGUACGAUUCCGGAUACAUCAGCAGCGUUAUGGGAAUGCGCUACUUCAUCACUUUGUUCUCCAAGGAUCAAAAUGCCACUGCGAUAUCGUCAUCACGAAAAUCGUUGAUUACAUCUAUCCUUUCCGCGGGUACUUUCUUUGGCGCUCUCGCUGCGAGCGAUAUGGCUGAUUAUUGUGGCCGACGGACUACGGUUAUGAUCGGAUGCUUCAUCUUCGCUGUCGGUGUCAGUCUUCAGACCGCUUCCACAUACACCAAUCUCCUCGUCGGUGGCCGUUUGGUUGCUGGACUCGGUGUUGGUUUUGUUUCAGCAAUUAUUAUUCUCUAUAUGUCCGAAAUUGCCCCCAGGAAGGUCCGAGGCAGCAUCGUCGCAGGAUAUCAAUUCUCCAUUAAUGUUGGUAUAUUGCUUGCUUCGUCUAUCGAUUAUGCAACGCAGAACCUUGACAGUACGGCAUCUUAUCGUAUUCCGAUUGGAAUACAGAUGCUGUGGGCACUGAUUCUCGGUGGCGGCCUGUUCUUCUUACCGGAGUCACCUCGUUUCUUCGUGAGGAAGGGAAAGCUCGACGAGGCCGCUCACGUUCUGUCCCGGGUUCGUGGACAACCCGUGGAAUCGGAGUAUAUUCAGAAUGAGCUUUCUGAAAUUGUAGCAAACUACAAAUAUGAACUUGAAGUCGUUCCUCAGGGCAGUUAUCUGGCCUCUUGGUUCAAUUGUUUCAAAGGCGGGUUGUCAAAUCCUGCUAGCAAUUUACGUCGAACCAUUCUUGGAACUUCACUACAGAUGAUGCAACAAUUCACCGGUAUCAACUUUAUCUUCUAUUUUGGGACGACAUUUUUCCAGCAACUCGGUACUAUUUCAAACCCCUUUUUCAUCAGUUUGAUUACUGCUCUUGUCAACGUCUGCGCUACCCCGAUUUCGUUCUACACAGUAGAGCGUUUCGGCCGACGUCCGAUCAUGCUUGUUGGUGCGAUCGGAAUGGUCAUUUGCCAGUUCAUUGUUGCAAUCACUGGUACUGUCGACGGCUCGAGCAAAGCCGCCGUUUCCUCCAUGAUUGCUUUCAUAUGUAUUUAUAUAUUCUUCUUUGGUUGCACUUGGGGACCAGGACCCUGGAUUCUCGUGGGCGAAGUAUUCAAUCUUCCUAUCCGUGCCCGAGGUAUUGGUCUUUCCACAGCAUCUAAUUGGUUUUGGAAUUGCAUUAUUGCCGUCAUAACUCCGUAUCUGGUUGACGGGGACAAAGCCAACCUCGGAGCGAAGAUCUUCUAUCUCUGGGGCGGUCUCUGUAUUACGUGUGUUGUGUAUACCUAUUAUCUCGUUCCAGAGACAAAGGGAUUGAGUUUAGAGCAGAUCGAUCGCAUGUUCGAAGAAAGCACGCCCCGCACUUCCUCCAAAUGGGUACCCCACAGCACUUUUAGUGCCGAUAUGGGUUUUGUGAAGCGAGAAGGAUCUGUGAGUGAAGUGGAAGAAGUUAAGAAUACGGAAGUGUGA